CUAAGUACAGCUUUAGGCCAUGUCACAUUUUUUACUCUUGUAGUUGACCACAAGCUGUUCAUCUGACGUACAGGAUCCCUCCUGUGGCACAAAUACUAUCCUUCCACUUGAGGAAUUUGAUUUUUGUUACUUCUGUAUUUCAGAGCAGUAGAUCUAAUUCCUUUGUCGUCAACCAUUUCCAGGCAACAGUAGAUCUUUUUUUCACGGCGCUCUAGAGAAAAACGGAGCCGGGAUACUUAACAGACUUUUGGGACUUUGAUCUUUGAGGUAGUUGCUUAUUGUGGGGGAGCAGAGAUCUCGUGCCAGAAAAUACAAGUCGUAUCUACUUAAGGUUAAAAAAGCUCUGCUGCGGUUGAAAUAAAAAUGGCGCAGCCAAAUCUCAAGCAGGAGCUGACAGUCGAUCAGGUUUUCGAGGCAGCAGUGCCAGUUGAGGUAUAGCGUUAGAAGGCUUGUGGCUCAACAAUCGCAGCAUUACGUUAUUUUCACAGCGGUUAAUAUUUCGAUUUGUAUAUGCAGCGCUCCACUUGCCGCCUUUCUGCAUGUCGAAAAUUUUCGCACUGUUUCUCACUCAGGUGAAAAAAACGGCGGCGGAGGAAGCGGAGAAAGAUAUGAACAGGAAAAAGGAUCCCCCAGCCCAGAAACAAACGAGUGAAGUGGUUAUGCAGUGGUCUUCAGGUUUCAAAAGAGAUAAAAGCGUGUAGUAGUCGACCGCUGCAGUGCUGAGCAGCGAGAGUAGGCUCAGCGUGAUUCGACAGAUGAAAAAGGCACGUCGUCUACUAAUUUUGUAAAAACAAGACCAUAAAAUGAAUUUUUAGCGAUCAUCAUCCAGUAAGGUUCGUGAGCGCUCGUCCUGCUGGAGAGCUUUCUGUCUUGCAAGGUACUUAACUUGAGAAGGGGAGGAGCUUUUUCCGCUUUACAAAGAAGGCUUAUGCACUCGAGCGGAAGUAUCCACCUGAGUAAAAACGUUCCCACCUCAUAGUCAUAGCAAACUUGCGACCUCUGCAAUGCGAAUCAAUCCAGCAGGUUUGCUGGGAGUCACGCAUGACAGGUUUUCUGCGGUAGUGCUGUGCAGGCUAGCAACGGCAGUCGCAUCAGAAAGGCAUCUGCUUGUCGUCCUGUUGGUUCAAAGCAUAAUUGCAAAGGCCAAAACAAGACUGAGUAGAAUGCCUCUCACGAUGGGGAUCGAUUCGGAUUCCAAAUGUCCCCUCUGUAGAUGGAAGUCCGCAUGACCGCCUCAUGAUGGAGACGUUUUUACUCAGCAUAGAAAGCGAUCCGGCCUGCCGCCGCUUAAGGUGGACGCGCCGACUGCGGGACCGGAGUACUCUGCGUGCUUCGUAUGCCUUGGAAAUAUGUCUGGGUCUUGAAGAUAGUUGCACGACUUAUCAUGCCGGUCUGAAGACAUGAGUCUAGAGUCUGCGAUGCGUGUGUUCACGAAGAGACAUCUUUCCCUUUCUUCUGAGGCAAGCACGCAGUCUGUCAUGCGGAGCGCGUAACUACACGCGGCCCCGCAAAUAUUUGUCGUGCAUGGCUGUGCAGAACAGGAGAGUGUUCGUUAUUCACAACCUAGAUUGAAGAUUUUUUCAACUCUGCAGACCCAGAAAUAUUUACAAUCCAUAUCUCUACAAGCGAAGCAACAGCAAAUAUGGGAGCAAGGCCCCGGAAGUGUUGCAGGGGGGGAGACACGGACUGAGUAACCGGUUUUCGCAGAACCUCGGCGCGGCGGGGAUGUGGAGGAAUCACGGGCUGAAUACGUACUUACGAAUACUAGAUACGGUUCUUACUAACUUGUGGGCGGUACGAAACAUACAAUAG